AUGGCCGUGGACUUGGAGGAGCUGAUUCUCAUUUCGGCUGCUUCACACUUGGUAGGAGGGAGCCAUCAGAACCACAUCAUGCGCAGAAAACAGGGACGAGAUUCUCUGGUUCCCAAACCAGACCCCCUCCGGUGUUUGGCUACAUCUAGAACUUCUGUGCACAAAGGUGUCAGUUUCAUUGCCUACAUGGGUGUUGAAGUCCUCCAGCAGAAUGAUGGAAUCAUGGGGAGGGGCUCAGCUGAACCAGUGGAAAAAGUGAGGAAAGGUGAGAAAGAAAAGAAAAAGAAAAAUCUUGAAAAGGAAGUCGGCACCGUUGAAGCCUCUAAAUGUGAUUUUUUUCCCCAGACCUUUGUUCUUCUCAGCGAAUAUCAUCUCUUUGUAGAGGAGAACAAGCGAAGCCCGGGCAGCAUUUGGAUCAUGAAGCCAAUAAGAAAAUCUCAUGGCAAAGGGAUUUUCCUGUUCAGAAAACUGAAAGACAUUAUAGACUGGGAGAAGGAAAGCUCCCGCAGAGAGGAGCAGAAAGAUUCAGCACACUUGGAAAUGUACAUGGUACAGAGAUACAUAGAGAACCCUUACCUGAUUAAUGGCAGGAAAUUUGAUCUGAGAGUUUAUGUCCUGUCCAUGCUUAAGCCUUUAAACAUACACCUCACUAACGUGUCUGUUCAAAAGACUGCGUCUGACUACGAUCCAGAAAAGGUCAUUAUAAAUGACAAACACUGUUUUGAGCUCUAUGGUUAUGACAUUCUACUGGACCAGAACCUCAAACAGUGGUUAAUUGAGGUGAAUGCAUCGCCAUCAUACCUGCCCAGCAAUCAGGAGGAUUAUGAGAUGAAGUACAGACUGCUGGAGGACACUCUGAACAUUAUUGAUACGGAGGGAAGGCUGACAGGCCAGGAGAAAAGAGUGGGAGGCUACGAUCUCAUGCGGAACAAUGGGCCUGUCUAUAGAGAGGAUGUUGGCCUAGAAACAUUUGACAGUUCAUGCUUCUAUACCAACACAUACUUGGGAUGUGCGAAUGACAGGGAAAAGCAGCUUGGCCAUAUUUUUAAACCAUUACCAUUUCAGAAGAAGGUGUAA